AUGACGGACACCUUGCCGCCCCCGGCCCGCAGACCCUUAGAGGAGGAGGGAGAAUGCUAUUUCCGAAAGGUGGGCAGCUCUGAGAUUUGGGAUAGGGGAGCAGAGGGUUGUAAUCCCCUGGCUCAGACAGGGAGAAGCAAACUUCAGAAUCAAAGGGCUGUGUUAAACCAACAGAUCAUGAAAGCUGUUCGGAUGAGAAAUGGUGCUGAAAAUCUUUUGAGAGCAACCACAAAUAACAAAGUUCGAGACCAGGUUCUUUUGGAACUUAGUUACGUAAAUUCAGAUCUGCAGAUCUUAAAGGAGGAAUUAGAAGGACUUAACAUCUCAGUGGAAGUUUACCAGAACACAGAAGAGACAUUUACAAUUCCCCUGAUUCCUCUUGGUCUAAAGGAAACCAAAGAAGUUGACUUUUCAGUCCUUCUUAAGGACUUUAUCCUGGAACAUUACAGUGAAGAUAGUUCUUUAUAUGAAGAUGAAAUUGCAGAUCUUAUGGAUCUAAGACAAGCUUGCCGCACACCUAGCCGAGAUGAAGCUGGUAUUGAACUGUUAACAACAUACUUCAUUCAGCUUGGUUUUGUUGAAAACAGAUUCUUUCCACCCACUAGGCACAUGGGAAUUUUAUUUACAUGGUAUGAUUCCUUAACUGGUGUUCCAGUCAGCCAACAGAAUUUGUUGCUGGAAAAAGCUAGUAUUCUUUUUAAUAUUGGUGCUGUCUAUACACAAAUUGGAACCCGAAGUAACCGACAGACACAAACAGGGCUGGAACAUGCUGUGGAUGCCUUUCAAAGAGCUGCAGGAGUUUUAAACUACCUAAAAGAAACAUUUACUCAUACACCAAGUUAUGACAUGAGCCCUGCCAUGCUAAAUGUUCUGGUCAAAAUGAUGCUAGCACAAGCUCAAGAGAUCAUCUUUGAGAAAAUUAGUCUCCCUGGGAUCCGAAAUGAGUUUUUUACCUUAGUGAAAAUGGCCCAGGAAGCUGCCAAGGUUGGGGAGGUUUACCAGCAACUUCACUCAGCUAUGAGUCAGGAACCAGUUAAAGAGAAUAUUCCGUACUCUUGGGCCACCCUGGUCAAAGUGAAAUCUGACCAUUACAGAGCUCUGGCUCACUACUUUGCUGCCACCCUUCUGAUUGAUCAUCAGUUGAAUCCUGGAGAUGAUGAAGACCAACAGGAAAAGUGUUUGUCUCAACUGUAUGAUCACAUGCCUGAAGGAUUUACACCUUUGGCAACAUUGAAGAACAAAAAUGAGCGGAAACAACUAGGGAAAUCCCAUUUACGUAAAGCUAUUGCUGAUCAUGAAGAAUCUGUGAGGGCUGCCAGCUUGUGCAAAAAGUUGAGAAACAUUGAGAUUCUUCAGGAAAUCUUGUCUGUUGCUCACAAGAGGUCUCAUCUCAAAUACUCUCAGCAUGAACAAGAUGAUGAUUUUCUGAAUUUAAUAGAUGCUCCAGAUAUUACCCCUAAAACAGAGCAGGAAGUUGAGAUGAUGGCCCCACAGUUUUCUAAGGUGGUAGUGACAGACUUCUUCCAGAAGCUGGGCCCUUUAUCUAUAUUUUCAGCAAAUAAGAGAUGGACAGCUCCUCGAAACAUUCAUUUUACCAUUGAAGAAGGAGAUUUGGGAUUUACCCUGAGAGGAGGUUCCCCAGUACAAAUUCAUUUUCUGGAUCCAUACUGCUCUGCUGCACUGGCAGGCGUUAAAGAAGGAGAUUAUAUUGUUUCUAUUCAAGAUACAGAUUGUAAGUGGUUGACAGUGAGUGAAGUCAUGCAAAAACUGAAAGCUUUAGAGGAGGAAGAUAUUGAGAUGAAAGUUGUCAGUCUUAUGGAUUCAGCAUCUUCUAUGCAUAAUAAGUGUGCUACCUAUUCUGUGGGAAUGCAGAAAACAUACUCCAUGAUCUGCUUGGCCAUAGAUGAAGAUAAAAUCGACAAAAGCAAAAAAAUCUCCAAAAAACUGUCUUUUUUAAGUUGGGGAACCAACAAAAACAGGCAGAAGUCAGCAAGCACCCUCUGUCUCCCAUCGGUUGGGGUGGCAAGACCCCAGAUCAAGAAGAAACUUCCUUCUCCCUUUGGUCUUCUCAAUACAGAAAGUUCACUGUAUUAACAUUUCAGUAAAUGAAGCUAUUUCUAACGGCCGAGUAGCUCUCAAUGUAUGUGCCAUAAUGUGAAAUUUAUGAAUAUAUAUUUAAACCAGUUUUCCUAGAUUUUAAACUUGCAUGUGGCAUUUGUAUCCUAAACAAAAGUGCCAAAACUAGAUUUACAGAAGGCAUUUAUUCUGUCUUCUAUUUGAAAUGUGUCAAUUUUUGGUACAAGUUAUUUAUUGCACAAGGUAAUGUAUAUAGAAUAGUGUUGAAAAUAUGAAGGACAGUCUUCACAGACUAAUUUUGUUACUUCCCUAUAUCAGUUUUAAAUUAAUAUUACCUAUAUUUACUCUAUUUGUAACAGAUUUAGAAUUUGGGAAAAAAAGAGAAAAUAAUUUUUUUUCAGACAAAUGUUAUAUACAACAUGGCAGCUAGUAUCUAGACUACAGUAAUGGAUUUGACUUACUGUUAUAAAAAAUAGUUCUUCAUUCUCAAUGACAAGUUUUACUUUGAUUGCUGUAUAAAGUGAAAGACAAAUCUGCAUAUUUUUAGCAUAGCUGCAGGUUCUAGAUACAAUCUAGUGCCAAAUCUCAUGAUUUAUAUUAUGUAAUGUGUUAAGACUUCAAUAGCAGAGGCUAUUUAGAACCAGCUUCGACUUUACAUAUUGUUUAAAAAUAAUUUUCACAUUGCUAACACACUAGUGUUAGAUGAAAAUGCCAUCUACAGGGUAGAUAUUAUACUGUUUGAUACUCAAAACAUUUUCCAUUUUGUUUAAAGUAGGAAAGUGCAUAAAUGCACCUUGAUUAAAACUCUGGCUAAAAAAAAGCCUGUUUUAACUUUUCUUUAUAAUAAAUAUAUAUUACUGAAGUUUAAAGCUUUAUGAAAGACUUAAAAUCCACAUGCUUUCUAAUAACCUUUUUUUUUUUGCUAUGUACCAUAAUAAUAUAGGCACUACAAAAAAACUUUGUAGUUUGUAGACUUAAUUAUAAUUUCUAAACAUGCCAUUAAUACCUUUUAACACAAGUUUCCAAGUUUAUUUUCAUCAAAGUUUUAAGGGAGCAUUGUGAAAAUGUAUCCAAACAGUGCCGUUAGCAUUACAUUUGUAGAGACAUAUAUUUAAAUAAAUAACUAUUCAUUUA